GUGCAAGAAAUCCUUCAGCCUGUGAAGGAACGGGAAAAGGCCGUAAAGACUAAGCUAACAGAAAUUAAAGUCACGCAACAAAAAAUAUACGAGACAAAAUUGGACGAUUUUCAGUCAUACGCUGCCCGGCUGGAGAGUUGUCUCAAAUGUGGCAGAAGGAUCGAAAAGAGAAACAGCGGCCGUGAAAUUCUGGAAGGAAAACAUGAUCAGUGUUUGGUCAAUGCGAGGAAAUGUUAACUGCACAAGAUAUUACAAUAUAUAAACCACAGCAUGUUUCUCAUUUUGUAAAUGCAGACACUGAAUUCUGUUGAACAUUUGGUUCAAGUGAUUGCGAGUUACACCGAUCUUUCACAAUCAUCGGUUGAAGGAAAUGGUCUGAAAGAAGCGGAAAUGGGCAAUGAAACUGACUUCACAGUCAUUACAAGAGAUUCAGAUGGAUAUCAGCUUUAUAAUGAAGAAGACCGAGUCCCUGUUGAAAUCCGCCUUCCAAGAGGCCAAGAUGAAGAAAUGAAGAUAGAAGAUUGUCAAAAUGAAAACUUCUCAGUGCGUUACAAACCAAAGAGCGUCAGCUUAAAUGAAAUUGUUGUCGAAGUAAAUGGCAAGCUGCUGACUGGUAGUCCCUGGAGAGUUCAGGUGACUUUUCAUCAACACAAAGCUCUUCAUUCAUUUGGAUCACGCGAGGAAGGACCGGGAGAGUUUAAGAGACCACACAGCAUUGUGGUGUGUGAAAGAACUAGAAACAUUGCUAUAGCAGACAAUGGUAAUGGGCGAGUCCAGCAGUUUGAUUCUGCGUGGAAAUAUAAAAGAACGAUAAGAAACAAAGGGCCUGGUGCUGAGAGAAUAGGAAAUCCAAGAUCAGUGGCUUUCACAGCAUCUGGGGACGUUUUAGUCAUUCAUGAAGAGCAUUCGCAGCGA